AUCAUCCUCCAUAGCUCUCGAAAGCAUCUCCGACGGCUUUGACGACGGAGGAUUACGGCCGCUGCAAGUGACAAAGCUUACAUCGAUCGUUUCUGGGACGUAGGGCCAAAGACUUUCGAAGAACUUUUACAGAAGCUCACAUGUUCUGGGAAUUCAGUUGACUGUGUUGUGUAUGAUUCGUUCAUACCCUGGGCUCUUGAAGUAACCAAGAAGUUUGGGAUUAUGGGAGCUGUGUUUUUCACUCAAUCGUGUGCAGUGAACAGUAUAUAUGAUCAUAUUUAUCAUCGAAACUUGAAGAUUCCUGCGACUGAUGAUGAUAAGUCUGAGAUUUUACUUCCAGCGUUGCCUCCAUUUGCUUCUUGUGACUUGCCGUCUUUCUUAUAUGUUUUGGGGCCUUAUCCAGCUUUCACAGGCAUGGUUGUGAAUCAGUUCUCUAAUAUUGAGAAAGCAGAUUGGCUGCUUUGUAAUUCCUUUUAUGAGUUUGAACCACAGGUGGCUGAUUGGCAGGCAAAAAUCUUCCCUCUGAAGACAAUAGGUCCAACCACACCAUCAAUGUUCUUAGACAAAAGACUCAAAGAUGACUAUGCCUACGGUUUCAGCUUUUACAGGGAAGAAGACGAAGCUUGCACGAAAUGGUUAAGCAACAAGCCAUCUGGGUCUGUCGUUUAUGUCUCAUUUGGAAGUUUAGUAGCUCUUGACAGUGAUCAAAUGGACGAGAUAGCUUGGGGUUUGAACGGUAGUGGAAGUUACUUCUUGUGGGUGGUAAGAGAAUAUGAGAACCCUAAGCUUCCUAAGGACUUCAUGGAGAUUUCACAGAAUAAGGGACUUGUGGUCACAUGGUGUCCUCAACUGCAAGUGCUGAAUCAUAAAGCUGUGGGCUGCUUCGUGACACAUUGUGGAUGGAACUCAACAGUGGAGAGCUUAGGGGUUCGAAUAAUGGUGGCAGUUCCUCAGUGGACAGACCAACCCACAGAUGCAAAGUACAUAAAGGAUGUGUGGAAGGUUGGAGUGAAAGCUGAAGCGGAUGAGAAAGGAGUUGUGAGAAGAGAGACAGUGAAGAAAUGUAUAGAGGAAGUAAUGCAGAGUGAAAGAGGGAAAGAGAUGAAGAAGAACCCCAUGAAAUGGAAGAGUCUUGCAGCAAAGGCUUGUGAGGAAGAUGGAAGUACUGAUAAGAAUAUUGAUGACUUCGUAGCAAGUGUUGCUGCAGCUUCUAGCUACUAAAUGCCAAUGAGGUUGAAGAAAUAGAGCACUAUUUUUCUUGAACCAUACCCGCUACCUUCACCCAAAAGAAAAAAAAGCAUGUUCUAUAAUUUAUUCGUAAUUUGUAAUUGCAUCUAUGUUACCCAUUUUUUGUUUGCACUUCAUAUCGAUUAUGCUCGUUCCAAUUGAGAAAGGUGCAUAUGAGUGUACGUAAGAAGAGGUUUUAGGAAAUGCAUAUGCGAGAGUU